CAGUGGUCAGCCAGGGAAGAUGCCUGUCGAAGCUCUAAUCGAAAUUGGACUCAAGUAAUCGAAGCCUUAACAAAAAUUAAGGAAAAUACCGCAGAGGCACCAGGAACAUGCAAGGAAGCUGAAGGUCUUCUGAAUAAAAUACAAUGUCUGGAGACUGCACUUAUGAGUGGUUUGUGGGGUACUAUCCUGGAUAGAUUUGGUGCAGUUUGCAAAAAAACUCCAAAGCAUUGGCAUUGAUGUUGGAAUUGUAGGGGAGCUGUAUGAGUCACUGAUCCAGUUUGUUUGAGAAAUCAGAGAUAUAUUCCCAACUUUCGAAGCUGCUGAAAUGAAAAAAUCAGUUGUGAAGGAUUAUGAGACUAAGAGGAUAGGUGUACAAGUAAGGAAAGGUUCAGCAACUUCCAGCAAUACACAGACAGAGGAAGCCCAAGAACAUUUUCGCAUUAACACCUUUUAUGUUAUUUGUGACAACUUGGUUGCUGAACUUAUGAGAAGAAAAAUGGCAUAUGACUCUUUCUUUGGAAAGUUUAAAUUAAUUACUGAUCUAUCAAAAACUGAGCCAUCAGCAAUAUCACAGCAUGCAAAUAACCUUUGUUCUUCUUACAGCAAAGACUUGGAACAGGAGUGUUUUGUUGAUGAGUGCCUCCACUUUCGUUCAUACCUAAUAAGUUCUUCUGCAGAAGAUACCUCUGUUCUGGCGAUGUCCCGAAUGAUAAGAGAGAGAGGAUUGCAAAGCAUUUAUUUAAAUGUGGACAUUGCUCUCAGAAUGUUUUUGUAUACUGCAGCAACUAACUGCUCAGCUGAGCGUUCUUUCUCGACUUUGAAGCGAUUUAAGAACUACUUGCGAUCCAGAAUGGGAGAGGAAAGAUUGAACUCCCUGGCAGUGUUGGCAAUAGAGUCUGAAAUCACAAAAUCUUUGGACUAUGAAGAGCUCAUCAACAGCUUUGCUACACAGAGAGUUUGGCGAAAGCCACUUUAG